AUGAAACUGCUUGGUGUGACUAUUGAUAACAAACUCCGAUUUGUUAAGCACGCCAAGUUGGUGAAGGAUAACGUCAACAACAAGUUGAAUAUCCCUCGGACCCUAAAUGGUCGCUUCUCUGAAGCCUCUCGCAGUACAUUGACCAAGGUUGCUAGGGCUCUGGUUGUCCCUAGCAUCCUUUACGGGGCGGAACUGUGGAGCAGGGGUGGUGUCUCCCUGCUCAAGAUUCUGGAACCUCAGUACAAUGAGGUGUACAGAAUUUGUAGCGGAGCGCUGAGGUCUUCACCGAUAGCUUCUCUGUUGGUGAAGAAUGGAAAGGUUCCUUUGGUGAAUGUUGUCACCGAAGACCUGGCCACCAAGGCGCUUAGGCUCCUAGAAAGGGAUCCCAUUCUCAAUGACAGGCCCACGGUUGCAAGGGCGAGAGAAUGGUGGAGCGACUUGACGGGAGUAGAUUUUCCCACAGCUGGUGCCAAUCCUUCAGUGGUGGCACAAGCGGUACUCGAACUCCAGAACCGGAAAUACGGAGGAUACACCAUUCGGUACUCGGAUGGCUCGGUAGCCCAGGGAAAGGUAGGAAUCGGGAUUUUCGGUCCAAACCUCGCGGUAUGCCAUAGACUCCCGGAUCAGUGCUCCAUUUUCUCUGCGGAAGCCAUUGCCGCCUUCAUUGCAGCCACCAUUCCCGAUGACCGACCAAUAGCCAUCUUCACCGACUCCGCUAGUGUGGUAGCCGCACUGGAAUCCGAUACGAGCAAACACCCUUGGAUCCAGGCUAUACAGGAACACGCGCCAAACAACACAGUCUUUGUGUGGAUACCUGGACACUGCGGGGUUCAUGGUAACGUAAAAGUGGACCAACUAGCCAACUCAGGUCGUCGUAUGGCCAAGUACACGCGAAUUGUACCUGGUCCGGACCUCAAAAAAUGGGUAUCAAAAAUCACCAACGAAGGUUGGGCUCGCGAUUGGGCGGCCAGUGAAACCCCUGCCAUCAGAAACAUUAAAAGAGACAUCUCCAGGUGGGUGGACCCACCGAUACAUCGAGAGCAGGUCAUAGUAUCCCGACUUCGAACACAGCAUACAAACAUCUCCCACAACUACAAGGGAGACGGACCUUUCCAUAGGAUCUGUGAUCUAUGCCGAAUUUCUCAAACGGUGGAUCACAUUAUCUGCCACUGUCCGAAAUACGAAGCACCAAGAACCCGCUACGACAUCCCGGGAAGCAUCAGCGAUGCCCUCGGUAACGAUUCUACCAGAAUUACAGCCCUUUUAGCUUUCCUGCGGGAAGCUGAGCUGUUCGAUCUAAUCUGA